AUGAUUCGCUUCGACACUCUCCCUCCCGAGGUCAUGCAGGCUAUGUGCACCCCGAUGCACCAGAUCCUCCCCCCUGCGCCCUCUCCCUCCCCGUCGGGAUCGUCGGCGGCGACGACCGGCGCACUCUACGUCGGCUCCAUCUCCGCGCUGUCUGACAAAGACUAUCUCCUCGCGCACCACAUCACCCACCUCGUCCAGGUCCUCGAUGCCCCGUGGAUCCCCCUCUCUGAGAAGGACGGGUUCAACUGCUAUCGCAUCCAGAUCCUCGAUGCUUCGAGCGUGGAUCUGCGACCGCACCUAGAGGCCGUUUGUGAGCAUAUCGAGGCGGCGUUGAGGAGCGGGCGGAAUGUCUUGAUACACUGUCAGCAGGGCGUAUCCCGCUCCCCGGCCAUCGCCAUAGCGUACCUCAUCCGCAACCUCGGCAUGACCUACGACGCAGCGCACGCCCUCCUCAAGCGCAAACGCGCCUGCAUCAAGCCGAACUCUGGCUUCGUCAGGGCCCUCCAGGAAUGGGAGGGCAUCUGUGGCAGACAGCGCAGGCCGAGCAACGUCAGGAGGUUCACCACUUAA